UUGACUAAAGUUAGAUAUUUUUGGAGAUUAUUGGUGCACAAAAAAAAAAGAGAUUAUUGGAGAAUACUUAUACAAAUUUUACAAACCACAUUCUCUUUUCAAGGGUUCUGACCUCUAUUGGACACGUCCUGAUGGCCGUGGAUUCCACCAAGUGCCGACCUGCCUUGCUUCAGACAGGUGCUGUGAGUUCAGCUUCUGGGUCUGCUUAUGCUGAGUUUGGUAACACAAAAGUCAUUGUCUCAGUAUUUGGGCCAAGGGAGAGUAAGAAAGCAACGAGUUAUAGUGAUGUUGGCAGAUUGAAUUGCAAUGUAAGCUACACUACUUUUGCUGCCCCUCCUGCUCUUGAGAGUAAGGUACGUGAAGUUCUAUCGCGUUACUGAUGUUAUCAAAUUGUAAUUUUGUAUUGGGUUG